AUGAGCGUUGUGACGAAACACGCUGGGAGGACAAACACGCCCGACCCAGGCGAAAGUGAGAAAAUCAAAGAGACGUGUGCUUUGGCAGAUGGCCGCAUUUUAUUUUCUAGUUUCCAAGGCGUGGCUUUUAUGAUCAUCCAUUUGGUUUUCUUCUUCUCCCUCCACGGCAAACCCGUCGAGUCAUCAUUUGUCGGGCAGAGCCUGCAGUCGGCCAUCGCCAACUUCCUGGCCAUAGCGGUUGAGAUCUGUCUUCUGAGCGGCUUGGGCGUGGCGUACGAUCAACUCCUAUGGCGACUCUUUCGAAACAAGGCUCUCCCAGCUGUGACGAUCGACAAGCUUAUCAGAUUGGCCACGAGCCCUUGGAACCUCCCACGCCCCGGUAUCUUUCUGGCCGCCCCUGAGCCGUGGCUCGUAGCGUUCCUCUGCCUCUUGGUGCCUCUGGCGAUCGUUUUCCCGCCGGGUGCGUUGACGGUAGAGUACAGAGAAGCAGUCCAGCCGGUGACACUGCACGACGUGCCGACAAUGAACAUCAGCGACUGGGGGAACGGGACUGCCCAUGAUCUAUACCAUCACGCACUGUUUGAAAUACCCGGCGAACUCAUGACUUCCACUUCAAGUCGAGCCAUCUUGCAGUUGGAAUCCGUUGCCGACCGAGUCCUGGCUUCUGGCGAACCAGUUCCGCUGCGGCUACCCUGCAAAGGCACAUGCAACUACACGAGCACCAUCGAGGGGCCGAAAUUCAACUGCAGACAAGCAUCUCUGACCGAGUUACCCGAAUACAGUCAACGUUCUGCCAACGGCACCUUGGAACCCUUUACCAAAUGCCGCGGCGGAGACGUAUUCCUGGCAUGGGACGAGGCCGAGAUGGAGCUCAAGAUAGAAGAUUCCUUCAAGGUGGCCUGGUUCCCGAUCAAAGGCGGCAGUUGCGUCCCCAACGCGACCAUGAAGGCGAUGGCUUGCUCGACCGCGCUCGCAACGUACCGCCUGACGAUAGCCACUUUUCAAAACGGAUCUCGCGACAUCCGUGCUUCCAUUCUCAACGAGACGGCAAUAUCGACAGGGAAGCCCAUGGGUACCUCUUUGCAUGAGUAUUUCCCCGGGGAGAAGUUUGUCAACGAGUCUAAAGCGGCGCAAGAUGAUUUGACGACUCAGUUCCGGAUCUUGCAGGCUCUGGCGAUAAGGCAGGCGGCUGUGCAGUCACUGACGGGAUCUAUACUUUACAAAUACGAUCUGUUUCCAGGCGUCCCGGCCCUCGUUGUGAAUGGGACGCGAGCAGCUGGGAGCCCGUAUAUUGGAAUACGCAACAAGUUUGGUAUGGAUGUGAACAUCACGGCCGAGAGCCUGCAGAGCUAUCUCCAAGACGUCCUCAUAUCGAGUAUAUCUCUCAACUGGCUGCAGCCCGAGACCCUUUGGACCUACAGCGAGCCCAUCGAGGGCUUUGAGGGCGCAGCGGUGUACCUCUUCAGCGAACCGUGGCAGUUCUACGCACCGUACGGUUCUUGCCUCGCCGUGACAACGAUUGUCUAUCUUCUCGGAUACCAGGCGCUGCGCCGGAACGGCUCAUCGGCCGGCAACAGCUUUCUCCAAAUCGUAUCGACGACGAGCCCGGGCGGGAUCCUGCGGGAGCUGGGCGAGGAAUGCAGCUCCGGGGGGUCGGAGAACUUUUCGAAAGAGUUUAAAGGGGUGAAGCUGCGGUUCGGCAUAAAGAGAAUGGACGAGGGCCCAGAAGCCACGAAAUCGGACGGCGCCGUGACUCUUCUCGGUACGGAGGCUGAAAUUGAACCAUAA